AGUGCGUCACUCAAGGCAAAAUAAACGCGACUGGCGUUCUACUGUAUCUUCUGAGAUCCUGAUAAAAAAAAUAUGGCGGAUCAGUCGGUUGAGAUUACAGAGGGCUGUCGACUUCCCGUGCUGCGAAAAAAUCAAGAAAAUGAAGACGAAUGGCCUUUGGCUGAAAUUCUCAGUGUUAAAGACAUCUCUGGAAAAAAGCUCUACUAUGUUCACUAUAUUGACUUCAAUAAGCGCCUGGAUGAAUGGGUUACACCAGACCGACUGGAUAUUAAGAAGCUCCAGUUUCCCAAGAAGGAGGCAAAGACCCCUAUGAAGAAUGGGCUGCCUGGGUCUCGCCCGAGCUCGCCAGAGAGAGACGUGAAGAAGAGUCUAGAUCUCCAUGUUCAGUCUGCUUCAGCUACUUCAAGAGGCAAAACCCUCCCCACACUGAAAAGGAAAGCAGAGUCAGUGUCUUUGGCAACACAAGUGACCGCAGCGACUCCAGUGUCUUCACUUCCUGGUUCUGUGGAUGCAAGUCAAGCCUCUGUCUACCCAGCAAUGAGAGAUUCCUCUUUCAGCAUUAAAUCAAGAGACGAGCAUGAACCACUCACCUCACUCACCUCUCUCACCACAAAUGGCACAUCAUCCAUCCAGCAUCAUCACAUUCCUCCUCAGCCUGGGAGAAAAAGAAAAAGUUGUGGAGGGACACAUGAGAUGGUAAAGAUGUUCCAGAAUAACAGCCCUCGCUGCUCCACCGUCUUUUUGCUGCCAGGAGAGGACUCUCAGGACAGUUCAGAUGGAAUCCCAUCUGCCCCGCGCAUGACCGGUAGCUUGGUGUCGGACCGCAGUCAUGAUGACAUUGUGACACGGAUGAAGAACAUAGACUGUAUUGAGCUGGGCCGACACAGACUGAAGCCUUGGUAUUUCUCUCCAUACCCACAGGAGCUCACCUCUCUGCCCAUUCUCUACCUCUGUGAAUUCUGCCUCAAAUACCUCAAGAGCCUCAAAUGUCUUCAAAGACACUUGACAAAAUGCAACCUGCGGCAUCCACCAGGAAAUGAGAUAUACCGCAAAGGAACCAUCUCCUUUUUUGAAAUAGAUGGCAGAAAAAACAAGGCAUAUUCCCAAAAUUUGUGUUUAUUGGCCAAAUGCUUCCUGGACCAUAAGACCCUGUACUACGACACAGAUCCUUUCCUCUUCUAUGUUAUGACGGAGUAUGACUCAAAGGGUUUCCAUAUAGUUGGCUACUUCUCAAAGGAGAAGGAAUCAACUGAAGACUAUAAUGUGGCCUGUAUCCUGACCUUGCCACCUUAUCAGAGAAGAGGCUAUGGCAAACUACUAAUAGAGUUCAGUUAUGAGCUCUCAAAGGUGGAAGGAAAGACCGGCACCCCAGAGAAACCUCUGUCUGAUUUGGGCCUGCUCUCGUACCGUUCAUACUGGUCCCAGACCAUUCUGGAGAUACUCAUGGACCUCAAAUCAGAGAAUGGCGAGCGGCCACAGAUCACCAUCAAUGAAAUUAGCGAGAUCACAAGUGUCAAGAAAGAGGAUGUGAUAUCAACUCUUCAAUACCUCAACCUCAUCAAUUAUUACAAGGGUCAAUAUAUCCUCACCUUGUCUGAGGACAUAGUGGAAGGUCAUGAGCGUGCCAUGCAGAAACGCCACCUCCGCAUUGAUCCCAAAUGCUUGCAUUUCACUCCUAAAGACUGGAGCAAGAGGGGCAAGUGGUGAGGCACAGGAGGGCCACUAUCUCACAGAUGCAGACAAGAAUUAAAACCAACAUAAAUACUGUAAAUGGUCUUGAAUUUAUAUACUUUUAUGGUUUUAUAUAAAACACAAAAUAUCAAGCCACCUCAAAAAUGUAACUAAACUUGUAAAUAAACAAUCUGUUUUUACUGUUUGGGAUUAUUAA